GUGGUUUGGCUUUAGAAGGUCUAAACCAUGUUUUGGUCUAUGGGCGUCAAGAAAGCUGGAGAUCUCAAUAAGGCACCAACCCUACAUGCCAUGGCUCCAACGUACUAAUGAAGAAAUUAACAUAGAAUGUAGAAACAUUCCCAAGCUGAAGAAAUAACCCUGUCUUCAUCUAUGCAAAUAACUGCCAGAAAUCAGAGACAAAUCGUCAACAUUUCCUUUACAAUCGCAAAUUUUCUAGUUUCAAGUCACAUUUUCGGGUUCUUCAAUCCUUCGAGAGGCAAUUCCAACAAAUAAGACACUUUUUCCAAAACGAACGUGUAAAAACCGGCUUAUUUAAAACUUCAAUUGAAGACAAACAAUUGGUCGAUAAGGUUUACGUGAUCCGGAAAAGCACGUCACCAGGGACGGUUUCUAGGCAACAACGGUUGUUGUCUUCAUCUAUGGGUUGUUGAAUUCUUCGAAAGUACGGAAAAUAUGGCUUGUGCAAAGACAAGUACUUUUCUCUGCUGGAAAGUGGCUGGAAGUACUUGUCUUUAUCUAUGGCUGGAAAUAGUGUUUGUCUGAGGUUAUAAGCAGAAUUUGAAAUUUUUUUGGAAGGAAACAGAAUGGAUCACUGAUUGUAACCUAUAGAAAUGUAAAUACCAAAACAAAAUGUUCAACUUUGGAAAACAGACCAUAAAGUUCGUUAUAGGAUAUGCAAAGUAUUCACAAUCUUCACGUGUAGCAAAACCACUUCCUUUUAAAAAACCAAAGGCCGCUGGAAAUUCGAUUCAACACUUUAUUGAUACAAAGCAAGUCCGUGCCGUUGGAGGCAAUGGAGGUGAUGGUUGCAUUUCAUUUUUGUCUUUGUGGAGUAAUGAGUUUGCUGGACCUGAUGGAGGCGAUGGAGGACAUGGUGGGCAUGUGAUUUUACAUGCCACUACAGAUGCGAAAGACCUCUGUCAGCUUCCAACAGUGGCAAGAGCUGCCGAAGGCGGCAAAGGAGAAAAUAAAAAUUGCCACGGCAAAAACGCAGACCAUCUCGUGAUUGAGGUACCUGUAGGAACCGUAAUAAAAAACAUCAAUGGAAAAGUAAUCGGAGACCUUUCAAAGGAAGGUUUAAUGUUUAUAGCUGCAAGAGGUGGAGCGGGAGGUAAAGGAAACCAAUUUUUUACAACGGAUACUGAACAAUCGCCAGUAAUAUGCGAAUUUGGAGCGAUGGGAGAGGAAAUUGAAUAUUUGGUAGAAAUCCGAAGCAUGGCACAUGUCGGUCUAAUCGGCUUUCCUAACGCUGGCAAGAGCUCCCUUUUAAGAGCCAUGUCCAGAGCAAGACCAAAAGUCGCCUCAUACCCAUUCACAACGUUGAAACCUUAUUUGGGUAUUGUGGAAUAUGACGAUUAUGAGCAAAUUGCCAUUGCAGAUUUGCCAGGGCUUAUUCCAGAUUCGCACAAAAACAAAGGUCUAGGAAUUCAGUUUUUAAAACAUACUGAACGGUGCAUGGUUUUGCUGUAUGUGGUAGACGCCUCAUUAGAUGAACCUUGGACGUAUGUGGAAACGUUGAAACAUGAAUUAUUGCAAUUCAGUGAAAGUUUCUCAGAUAGACCUCACAUAAUUGCGGCUAAUAAAAUUGAUUUGCCUGGCGCCAUAGAGAAUGUUGAACUUAUUAAAAGCAACACCGGUUUGCCUGUUAUACCGGUGAGCGCAAAAACUGGCGAAAAUCUUGAAACCCUCAUGAGGGAAAUUAAGAUUAUUUAUGACCGCUCUAAGGAACAGCAACAGGAGUUGCAAGAAACUGAUAAUUAGUUAUGUACAUUGGCAACACUAAUCUACACAACUUUUUACCUAUAUUAGCUGUUUUUUCACAUUACACUGUACAUAUAUCAAUAAGGUAAGACUAAUCUAAGGGCCCAGUAACACCAAGAAAUUAUUGCUUGCAAUGGUUUUUAAUAAAUAAAUGCAAAUAUCA